AUGACAAGGCACGGGUAUAACAAGAUCUCGCAAGACGACGAAAAGGCUCCGCAGAAGGUUGGCUUUGUUUCUUAUGUUCUCUACCAGUGGAUGAGCAGUGUCUUCAAAACAGGCAAACAACGAGCGUUGGAGCAAAGUGAUUUUUUACCUCUUUCAAAAGAAAAUCGUACGUCAUUCGUAACCGAAAAUCUUCAGGAGAACUGGAGGGAGGAAGAGAGAAAAUGCCAUGAAACUCCGCGAGGACGACCAAAGCUUUGGAAAAGCGUCACACGAACAAUCUCCUUUAGGGAAGUUAUGAUCCUCAUUUGCAUGGGUAUUUUUCGCUCAUUCUUCCGUAUUCCCUCUCCUUUGCUCCUUGGAUAUCUAAUUUCAUCGCUGAUGUCUACGGAGUCACAGCAGAAAAUGUUUCUCUAUGGUUGUGCGCUGGCUCUGAGUAUCAGCUCUUUGAUGCAGAAAGUUUCAUCUCAAACGCUUAUGUACAGAUGUGAAUUAAUGGGAAUAACCCUGAGAAGUGCUCUGAAUGGUCUUAUUUAUCAUAAGACACUUUUACUCAGCAAAGACGCAUUAUUACAGUACACAACAGGUAAAGUGAUUGACCUGGUUUCAAACGAUGUUCAGCGUUUGGAAGGAGAGACAAUCAAGUGGAUCUUUUUUGGUUUCCUUACAUUAAUUGAGCUCCUCAUUGUUCCGUUUUUGAUGGUGUACUACAUUGGCUGGCAGUCUCUCAUGGGAGUACUCUUUUUGUAUCUUCUCCUUCCAUAUUUCGUCUUACUGUCCAAAGGGGGCGCUGUUCUGCGAUUGCAAACAGCAGUGGUCUCUGACCAACGCAUCUCUCUGAUGAAUCAGGUUGUCUCAGGGAUACGUGCUAUCAAAAUGCAUGCGUGGGAAGAUGAAUACCGCCAACAAAUCAAGAAACCACGAAGAGAUGAAAUUGCCAUUAUUCGAAAGAUGUGUGUUCUACGCGCAGGUGUUUUGGCCCUAAGAUUCACUUCUGUUAUCAUUGCAACACUGUUGUCAGUCAUUACCCUUGUGCUGACUGAAGAAACUCUAACACCGUUCAACGUUUUUGUGUUGAUUUCAUUUAACAACAUGCUCGCGAAAUGUAUCGGCACUUUCCUCGGGUUUGCCUUGUUAGAGGGAUACGAAGCUUACGCCUCGCUUGGCAGAAUUGAGGAAUUUCUCCUUUUGAAAAAUUUGCGAAUCAGUUCAAGUGAUCGUUCAAACCGAAAAGAAACAGAGAUUGAAGCGAGGAACUCAUCUGAGAUAAAAAGGAAUUCAGUAGAUUGCCAGGAAAAUAUGGGAGGUUCUUCCACUUUGAAUGAAUCACAAGAUCAAACGGUAUUGCGUGUGAGAAGUUUGGCGUACAAGCAAAUUGAGCGACAAGACUCCUACAUUCUUCAAGAUAUCGAGUUUUGCACACCUGCAAGUAGUUUAACAGUCAUUACAGGGCCAGUUGGUAGUGGGAAAUCUACUCUUCUUUCUGUGAUCGCUAGUGAAGUUCCAUGCACACACGGAGAA